AUGUCUAUUGAUACAAUUUUCAUACUUUCUCAAAAUGGUGAAAUCUUGGCUCAUAGAAUAUUCAAGGGUCUCAAGCGCAAAGACACCCUCCCUGAAUUUUACACAUAAUUCGUGCAAUUCUUCAGAGGGACCAAUGCAGAUAAGGAAUACCCUAUAAUCAGAAUAAAGGAUGCCCUCUACCCUUUUGUCACCUUCUCAGACAUCAUCAUUGGAGCAAUAGUAACAGAAGAGAUUCCCGUAUUGCAAUUAUUCGCAACGCUCUUUCUCAUUCUGGAUGUCCUUAAGGCCUCCUUUCCCAACGAAUCCUCUGAGAAACUUAAGUAGAAUUUGCACACCAUUGGCAUUAUGCUCGAUUCUGUCUUUGAUUACGGCUAUCCCUAAAUUACAUAAAAGCACGUGCUUGAAAGUAUUGUAAGGCCAGGAGGCAUAAUCGAAAAAAUUGAAGAAAAAAUUAUAGGCAGACAGAAUGUGCAAAAGGAAACAGUGUCCCUCUUGGAGAAAUACAUAGAUGGACAAGCUGAUGUAAGAGAGCAUAGUCAAUAUCGACUCCCAGAGAUCAAGGGAGAAGAGGAAGUUUAUUUUGAUGUGAUCGAAUUCCUGGAUUGUGUAUUCGAUAAGAAUGGCAGAAUAUUGAUUGAAGAGAUCAACGGAGAAAUCAAAGUGGAUUGCAACUUAUCAGGAUUGCCUGAGUUAUUUGUAUUCCUCAAUCAAACCAACCAAUUCAAUGAUUACACUGUUCAUGAAUGCUUACUUCAAAAAAUCGAUACCUAUGAAAGAGAACGAGUCUUGGCAUUCGUCCCACCCUCUGGAACCACAACUAUAUUUUAUUACAACAUCAAAGGCAUUUCCAUUAGACCUCCCUUUGAAUUCAUUCCAAAGCUCCAAUUCAUCAACAACCAAGUCAAAAUUGAGUUCCUACUUAAAAAUAGACCAGUCAGAGGGUAAUCCUAUGCUGUUGAUGAAUUCCAUACCAAAUUAACAGUGCCAAGUGGUUUGACUUUAGGAGAGACUGAAAUGGCCUAGGGAACACUCCAACAAUUAGAAAAUGCUAUCCUUUGGAGAAUUGGGAAACUGGAAAUUGAUUCUUCCAUUAGAUUAGCUGUCACCUUCUCAUCGACUGAAGAUUAAUUUAAUAUCAUACAGUAGGGCAACUUCUUGGUCCAAUUGAAAUUUGUUGUCAACACAUUUAGUCCUUCCCAAACCAAGAUUGAUAAAGUUGAAGUUAGAAAUGGGGCCAAGGUUUUGACCAAAAAAGCCAGGAAUAUUGCCAAGAGUGGUUAUUACGAAAUUAGAUUAAAUUGA